AAUUUCACCUAGACAUUCUCAGAAAUGCUUUGCUAACCAGGCUUCGACUUCCGAUUUCUAAAUUUUUUUAUAUUUAUCUAAUUCUCUUACGUAAACAGGUUUCACUAAUGAAUCAUCAGUCAUGAAAUGUGAUUGAUUAAUUGGGGGGCAGUUUAUUGCGUACAAUGAUUUUGUAAAAUUUGGUUAUUAAACUGCACAAAGUAAGAUUUCAUAUCUGUUGAAUUUGUUUAAGUUAACUUUUGUACGUGAAAAUCCUAAUUAAAUAUUCAAAUGUUCCCCUUCUUAUGCAGGAUGAAAAGGUUUCACCAUUGAAGUGACGUUGUCUCUGUAACGGGGUCAUUUUGGAAAGGAUGCAGAGUGGACUGAGUGACCUAAACCAUUGCUUACCGUGCAUUUAGCGCAUUUGAAUGUCACAUUUUUGGGAAAUUUGACAAUCAAAAUGCCAUCUUCAGGUAGCACGCAGUCCCCAGAGGACACCAAGUGCCUCCUGUCUCCAGAGAAGACAAAAGGGAAAGGCUCAUAUCAUUUAGGUCCUCUGUUCGCUCAUCGGACUGAGAAGAUCGUGAUCACUCGCAGCGACAGUGUGCCUGAAGAGAAUGUAUUAAAAAUCACUAUCACCGAGACAACCGUUCUUGAGUCGGACUUGGGGGUCUGCAAUACUCGAGCACUCAUCUACCUCACUUUGUGGUUUUUCUUUAGCUUCUGUACACUGUUUCUCAACAAAUACAUACUUACCUUACUGGAAGGAGAACCAAGCAUGUUAGGUGCUGUGCAAAUGUUGACCACUACCUUUAUUGGUUGCAUCAAGAUGUUCAUUCCCUGCUGUCUGUACCAGCACAAACCACGUCUUACCUACCCUUCAAACUUCCUCAUGAUUAUGCUUUUUGUGGGUAUAAUGAGGUUCGCAACUGUGGUGCUAGGACUUGUGAGCUUAAAGAAUGUGGCGGUUUCUUUUGCUGAAACAGUUAAAAGCUCAGCCCCCAUAUUUACUGUCAUAAUGUCAAGACUUAUAUUGGGAGAGUACACUGGAUUGAUGGUGAACCUGUCUCUUCUUCCAGUCAUGGCUGGUUUGGCUCUCUGCACUGCUACUGAAAUCAGUUUUAAUUUACUGGGCUUCUCUGCUGCUCUGUCCACAAAUAUCAUGGACUGUUUGCAGAAUGUCUUUUCCAAGAAGCUGCUCAGUGGAGAUAAAUAUAGAUUUUCACCACCAGAGCUCCAGUUUUACACCAGUGCUGCUGCAGUGAUCAUGCUAAUCCCUACGUGGAUAUUUCUCAUGGACAUGCCAGUGAUUGGUAAAGGCGCCAAAAGCUUCAAUUACAAUUGGGAUAUCGUUGUGCUCCUCCUUAUUGAUGGUGUUUUAUUCCACCUACAAAGUGUCACGGCAUAUGCCCUCAUGGGAAAAAUCUCACCGGUGACAUUCAGCGUUGCCAGCACCGUGAAGCAUGCUCUGUCUAUUUGGCUCAGUAUUAUUGUGUUUGAUAAUAAGAUUACCAUCCUUUCUGCCAUUGGGACAGUUUUUGUCAUCAUUGGGGUAAUGCUUUAUAACAAGGCCAGGCAGCACCAACGAGAAUCUUUUCGCACAUUAAGUGCCCAGACAUCUAUUGAGGGCUCUGAGCAGUUAAAAGGACAGGAUCAGAAAUCUCACGGGAAAUAACAUUUACACCAUUACCACUGCCUUUUAAUCCUGCCAUUGAAAUCUGAUUUCCGCGCUAACAACAAAGUGUCUGCUUUCCAGGGCACAGAUAAUUGGAGCUUGCAGUACUAUGAAGUGUUGAAUCCAAUUAGGUUUCUCCUUGCAUCAUAACCCAUAUCCAAUUAUGAGUCAUGUCCAAAUCCCGAUGCUCUGUAGCCCUGUGGACUGUACUAGUAAUUGUUUACAGCAGGAUUUCGGAGACCACUUCCACCCACGAAGUACAAAUGCACUUUCCAAGAUCAGGAGCUAAGAAGCUGUCAAAUUUAAAAGGGAAUUUAUAUAUUUUUUUUCUUAUUUUUACAGCAUUUAUGCCUGGAAAGAAAGGUUUAAAAAAAACUUUGAACUUGUUUGCAAGGUUGGAAUUACCAUUAUGCCUCUUACUGUAAAUGUCAAUGCAAAAUUAGGGCUGACUGUAAAGGCCUAUUUAUGUACCGGGACCAUCCAUCUAUAUGUUCUCUGCUAGGCAGAGACACAUUUUUUGAUUAAUGAAAUGUUCUGAAAAAAAGCAAUUUUUAUUUUAUUGGUGUGAUGUCAUCCUCUCCUGUCACAGAUUCAGUUGCUCAGUUACAUCCAUUUACCUUUUUGUUCUCAUUUAUACCAGAAACAUGUUAUCAGAGAAGUGCCUACUUCAGAUGAUCAGGGUCAGGCAGUAAAGUUCUGCAGUAACAGCAAGAUGACGUUGUAAUCAUGAAAAGGAUCUAGUUAGAGUCCCUCACUAUCUAUUUACAUAUAUAAAUAAUUGCUCCCGACAGGUAGCAGUAAGUGGAUUUAGGCAACCUGCAUGAUUCGGUGUGAAGCAUUGGGGUUUUCCAUACAGAGAAUAAAAUAACGUAUUUUUAAAAGUAUUUGCCAUUCCAUCUACAUGUCAAAGGAGCAUUAUAGGGUCAGAAACACAAGCAUUUAUUCCUGACCCUAUAGCGUUAAAACCACCAUUUACGUGGCUUGCCCCAUUAACACUCUUAAAAGGUAAUACAACUUACCUUAUUUCCGCCCCUGAACCGCCUCCUUGCUGACUUAAUCAGAAUUUCUGAUUUUUAGCAAAUCCAAUGAUUUCCCAUAGGAAAUAAGCAAGGAGGGGGGGCGACAGCAAGACAAAACUCUGGAUUGGCCAAUUAGCACCUUCUUAUAGAGAUGCAUUGAAUCGGUGCAUCUCUAUGAGUAAACUUCAA